AUGGGCUCACGAACUGCGCCGGUGCCUGUGGGGGUGGGCAGAGGGUUCGCCACCGCACGGAGCUUGCUGGCCGACAUCGAUAUCAACGACAGGGGUCUAAACGCAAUUGAAGAAGCGCUCGAGAGCAGACGGGCACCUACUGGGCCGGAAAACACUACCAAAGCUUCUAAACCUAGGAGGGAGGCUACCAAGGCCAAGACUGUGGAUGCUCGCGAGAACGUCGUGAAGCCCAAGCCGAAAGCGAACCCACGCGGACGGAAGCCCAAAGCCACAGGCGCUGAGCAACCGACUGGCGAUGUAUCGACUGCCGGUACCGCUACAACUAUCUCCUCUCGUUUCAUGAUCCUGCCAGCGACCGAUGCUGCUGCAUCUACCCGCGAGCAUGCAGCAGCAGCCCUGGAGCCUAAGCCAGCAAAGGCCCGGAAGCCGCGUGCGAAGAAAGCUACGACCGACGAUAGCGAGAUACAAACCACGAUUAAAAGAGCCAAAGUCACCAAACCAAGGGCGACUCAAGCUAAGAAAAAAGCGCAGAAGGCAGCGGAGGUCGUCUCUGCACAUUUCCGCUCACGUGGUACGGGAGACGACGCGACGGGGAUAGACCAGGAAAACGCUACAAAUGGUGGAAACCUGGACUCUCGAAUUGAUGAGGCUUCAAUGUGGGGUGUGCCAUUGAGCCCUUCACGAAGUAAAGGUCCGCCCAAACAGCGGCCACCCGACCCAGGUCUGCCACUGGACUUGGAAGAAGCCGUGAUUAGACGGCGAAACUGGACUCCUCCUCCAGACUCCGUACGCCAAGAACUCUUCACCAGCUCAACUGGAAAGGAGAACAGGCCUAUUCGGGAGAAAGAAAGUUUCACGAGCAUGCUGUCCGGUUAUUCGUACGCGCGCUUGGACGAUCAUUCCGAGGCCUCGACUACCAAGCCAACCUCUAAUGAGGUGAUCGGCGCUAUAAAACGGCGAAGAGUGGAGCUAGUAGAUCUACCUGUCAAUCAUGGUGCAUCACGUCAAGCAUCUCCUGAGAAGGGCAAAGCCCCCAAAAAGAAGCCACGAACCAUUACGGAUCUAGUCACAGGCCAAUACGCACCCCCACAGCCACAGCUAGACUCACCAGAAGUCACGAGUGACUUCUUCACACGCCGCGCUACCAUGGUGACCAAAACAACCAAAGUACAAUUGAACGACACCGGUGAUGCAGACUCAACCAAAACUUCGCAAAAACCGGUGCGCAAGCGCUCAAUCUCCAAGUCGGCAUCGGAGAAAGGCGAAACAAAGGGGAAGUCGAAGAAAGCUUCCGCCAAAACCACCGCCAAACCCAAACUGGUCGCAGAGAAGCUGCUCAGCCCAUCGUCUGCAUUGGUCAGGUUGAACAGGCAAGAAAUACUAUUUGGAACAUCCAGUCAGCUAGCGCGUGAAGAGUCGCCCACUAUGGUGCGGGAGACCCAGAAGGCAAUUCGUCAAUCGGAGCAAGAUGCCGAUUUGCGCCACAGCCUGGCAUCAGAUGACGUCCCACACAUUGUGCCAUGGUCACGUCUCCAGCGCAUAGAGGGUAGACAUGCACUCUGGAGAGCGAGCUCUAGAGAUGAUAAUGGACAGAUGCUGGAGAAGCAGAGCGUCUGUCUGCCCGAACCGGACAGGACGCUGGACUUUCCGCUUCUCCCGCCUGGGCCGCACGACAAAUCUGAUGAUUCCUUCUUGAAUAUCAACGAUUUUGCACCGCCACCACACGUACCGAUCGCAAUAUCCUCCGACUUGCCAACCCCACCAUCUACAGUGGCGCAAGACACCGGUAGGGCCGAUGUCGUCAGUACGAUACCCAGCUCUCCGUUUAAAGAUAUUAACGAUUUCCUGGGGGGCCAGCCUACGGUUGCGAAUGGCAGCGGCGUCCCUACCGACGACAACGCGACGAAAAGCUUUUCCUUGCGAGACACUGACGAUUUCUCGCAAGACCUACCACCUUCGAAUCGGAAUGUCGACUCUAGCUUUCUCGAUAUCGAUGACUUCGCUCCGUCUGCUCAAGCCUCUACCAGAAGUUUCCUAUCUCAAGUAGCAUCUACAGGCUCUCCAAAGAAACCCAGAGGUCGACCUCCAAAAAAUCAAUCCGCAGUUCCUCCGAGACUCCCCGCAUCUGCACCCGUCCGCGCACCUAAGAAAGCACCCGUGCAGGCGCAAACCACAACAGGCACGUCCCCGAGCACACCGCGCAAGAACAAGAGCCGCUUCCACAGCAUCGAAGCCAUUCUUGACUCAGAGGACGACGAGGCCUUGUCGCCUACGCCACCUCGGACACGACGCCUUGAAGUCCCACCACCGCUACCACUCGUCUUCGAUCCUGUUCCUACUUCUAAAGGGACCGUCGCAGACGUCGCAGACGGGCUUGUGCCGAUCUAUUGCAUCCCGGAGGCGAAGUUAACAUUCGACGGCAUUCGCCCCACCCUCUUCCCACGCAUAACGUCCCUAAUUCGCUCUCUCCCUCCCACCUCCGACCCCACCAAACCCUCCUGGCACGAGAAAAUCUUGAUGUACGAUGCCAUCGUUGCAGAAGACUUGGCUUCCUUCCUGAAUACCCAUAGCCAGAUACGAACAUACAAGCGCGCAACACAGAAGCAAAGCAAGGCCUGGAACAAGGACUUGAAGGCCAAGGGCGAGGAGGAGAUGAAGGUGGCGGAGGGCGAUGGGAUGGUUUUGGCAGUGGAGAAGGAGGUAGAAUCGUGGAUGGUGCAGAAGUGGAGUGAGGAGAUGAGUGUGUGUUGUGUGUCUAAGGAGAGGAAAAAUGGUGGGGCGAGGAAGGGGCUGUACUGA